AUAUAGUGUAUGUACUUUGGACCCUCUAGCCGCUAGUAGCUAUAGCAGUACAUCGUACAACGUACAACGUACAACUCUACUUUUUGUACAUACGAUUACGAAUUGUGUGAUUAAAUAUAUCGACGUUAUGAUAAUUGCCUGUUACAAUUAUCUACCGGCAGACUUAUAAACCACAUACGUAAUAAGAAUAAGCCGAGAUGUCGGGUUGGAAGGAUAAAGGUAUGGGUAUUGUCAAGAAUGGUUGGCAUCCCGAGAAAGAAGGAACAUCGCUCAAGGGUCAAGUCAAAGGCCUUAUUGGGCGGGGAGAUAAAUCGUCUUCCCAUUCUUCUUCCGAGCGUAGCGCCACACCGAUAACCUCGUUGCGUGAUCCGUCCUCCUUUGGUCCUCCCCCUAAACGUACCGCAGUUAGCGGAAAUGCGACUGAAUCCGGAUCUCAAAGUCCCGUGUCCUCGGCACAUUCUGGACACACAUACGGAGUCCAGCAACAGCACCAACACCAGGUAGAAGAGCCCACAGUAGAAUCGAGACCGUACAGAGUCGACACCACGGGAUUGUCAACAGCAAAUCUUCCUCCUCCGCCUGUAAGAAGGGGCAGCCCGGAUAAACGAGAUCCGGUCCCGCCUCCCUCUUCACACUUCAGACCGAGCGGGCCACCCUCAUUACCUCCUCGACUCCCACCGCGUAGCGGAAACGCGUCUCCAGUCCAAUCGCAAAGUCCGUUCUCGACUAGAAAUAAUCAGUCCUCGAAUUAUCUAAAUCAGGGGGCUAUCAACCGAUUGGGAGCUGCUGGGAUUUCAGUCCCCGGGUUAGGCAUUGGAGGAAAGGCGGGAAGUUCUGCUCCACCGCCUCCUGCUCGAUCGCCAACUACAGCGUCAUCUGCAAGAGGAUUAUCAACAAAACCAUCCAAUGGACAAUUAAACGAACUACAAAGCCGCUUCUCUCGUCUCGGCGCUGGCAAUACUCAACAAGAUCCUACGACCGCGCCGGCACAGGGCACAACGUGGGCAGAGAAGCAGGCAGCAUUCAAGACAGCAACGAGUUUCAGGAAAGACCCCUCAUCCGUAUCAUUUGCAGACGUGAAAGCUGCUGCUGGGACAGCGUACAACUUCCAGCAGAGGCACGGGGAUCAAGUUGCGUCGGGGUUAAAAACAGCAAACGAGCUAAACCAACGAUUUGGUGGUGUGGAAGCUAACGGGCAAGGAACCACGACAUCACCAAUGGGGCAAAUUUCAGGGUUCAUAGGAAAGAAGAAGCCUCCCCCCCCACCUCCAGCUAAGAAACCUCAGCUAUCCGGUGACGGCAGCGAAAGCGUUCCACCCCCCGUACCGCUGGCUUCGAGACCGAAAUUCUAACUGAGACGGAAAUAAGCAACCAGGUGUCCACGUCUACUACGAAGUAUGUCUGCAUCAUUGACCGACGCUCGGAGUAUGGUAACAUGAAGAUAGAAUCAGAAAUCAAGGUCACAAAACGGUACGGCCCCAAGAACCGUGCAGAAAGGAGCGAUACGUUGACAACUCGUCAGUAAAUUAGGCUUCGGCUGCGCAAUGCACCGGUUAGCAUUCGUAAGAGAACGAAUCUAUGUAAUAUGCCUAAAUUGGGGUUUUUAUAGACAUAGAAAAGAAGCGUCAGGUCGUCUGGGUUGAUUCGUGUAUGGUAUUCGUUAACAAGUUCAGCCACAAUCAUUAGGUAGGCUCUUAAACCUUC